AUGGGGGCGGUUUCACUGCCAGGGCAGGCAGAGGGGCUGGGCGUGCUGGCGGGGGCAGCUCAGGGGGCCCUGAGCCCGGGGACCUCGGAAGGCAGGGACCUCCGGGAAUGCCCAGGAUGGAAGGCGGGGGUCAUGGUGCCCUCGUCCCCGACUCGAGUCACCGCCCCGGGGAGACCCCGACUCAGCUGCCAUCCCGGCCCCGCCCAAGUUGCUGUGACUUCAGGGGCCCAAGGGAUGCCGUGUGGGGCAGCUGCACUUCUCAGACUUCCCAGGGACCAGACCCCCACGCCGUCCAUAGAGCCCUUCCUCCUCCAGGGGCCCCGGGGGCCCGGAGCUGAGUGCUUCCUUCUCCUACAACAUGUGUUCCCAGUAGUUGAUUAG